UGAUUCUACGAUGCGAUCUGGCAGUUCUAACAUAUAUCUCAACGGGGACAGUUCUCAGAAAAUGUCGUUGAAAGAUAAAACUGCCGUACUACUGGGAGGACUUGGCGGAAUCGGUUUUGAGAUUGGAAAGCAUCUUCUGAAAAAUGGCAUUUCGAAACUAUUCCUGUUGGAUAUUUCGGCCAAUUUCGACGGAGAAAUGCGUGCCGAACUUCAAGCGUACAACAUCGAUAGUUCCAUCUACUACCGCCAGUGCGACGUAACGGACAAGGACCGCCUUUCGGAGCUGCUGCGCCAAGAAGUGAUGGGCAGGUUGCACUUUAUCGAUGUGUUCAUCAACUCGGUGGGAAUAAUUGACGAGCAGGAUCCGGAUCGGGUGUUGGCAGUAAAUUUGUUAGGAGCCAUCAACAGUUCGCUCAUUGCAUUGGAUUUGAUGUCCAUGGACAACGCUGGACUUGGUGGAUACAUCAUCAACGUGGCUUCCGUAGCUGGACUUGAACCAUUUCCUUACUGCUCGAUCUACACAGCCUCGAAGCAUGGCGUCGUGGGAUUCACGAGAAGCUUAGGGAUUGACACUGUCUUAGUCAAAACGGGAGUAAAAUUCAUCACGAUAUGUCCCGGGGCCACGGAAACGGCCCUGUUCCGGAAGCACAACAUGGGCAACGUGUUUCUGUUGCCUUGGAUGGAGGAAGCUGGUCUCCGGUUGAUGAGACAAAUUCCGAUCCAAAGUCCAAGUGUCGUUGGCGAGUGUGUCAUACGAGCUCUGGUGGAAGGUGAAACCGGAUCCGUGUGGGUUUGUACCGCGGGGAAAAUCGAGCGAGUUACGAUGCCGCUGAAUUUGGAGUAGUAACAAAGUUGUUGGACGUGGAAAUUCAAGUGAUAACAAUUUCGUUUCAUAUUUCAUAUUGUUAAGAUGGGAAUAAGUUGUGGAGAAAGGAAAUUAUAUGUUU